GCCAGAGUGACAACACUGACCUUUACUGACUCUCAACUGUUAGAGACUUAACUAAACUACAGAAUUUAAUUAUGAAUGAUGGUUAAAUAUAGCACUGAUUACAUUUCACUUCAUAUUUUAUUGUAAGGUCAGGAUCUGCAAAUCACCACAAUGAACACCAGUGGGCCUGUGGAAUAUUUCAUCCUCGAUGGACUGAAGGACAGAUAUGUGCUUCCCAUUUUCUUCACUGUCUAUGUUUCUAUUCUGAGUGGAAACAGCAUGAUCAUUUAUCUUGUUAGAACUGACCCCAAGCUCAACACUCCUAUGUAUUUUUUCCUUCAUAAUUUAUCCUUUUCUGAUAUUGUGUACACAUCAGUGACCAUUCCCAAAAUGCUGUCAGUGUUGCUGACUGAUGUCAAGACCAUAUCCAAAACAGGAUGCUUUGUACAGAUGUACGUUUUUCUCUCAACUGGAGUGACAGGGCGUGCUUUGCUAACCGUGAUGGCGUUUGAUCGGUACGUAGCAAUUUGUAACCCCCUUCGGUACACGACUAUCAUGACUAGGCGGCUCUGUAUUCUAUUGAUAUUUGCUUCUUGGGGUUUUGGGGUCAUUAUAGUGCUGCCUCCAGCUAUUUGGGCGACUCAGCUGCCUUACUGUGGGCCUAAUAUCGUUAGGCACAUGUUCUGUGAUCACUCUUCAGUAGUGAGUCUUGCCUGUGUUGACACCACCAGGAAUGGUAUUGUGUCCCUAACAAAUGCCCUCAUUGCACUUCUCAGUACAUUCCUUUUCAUCUUAAUUUCAUAUGUCUGUAUUGGCAAAGCUAUGAGAAAAAUGAGCAAGGCACAGCAGCUCAAAGUUGCGGCCACUUGUGUGUCCCACCUGAUAGUGGUGUGUAUCUCAUAUGUUUCAGCCACCUUUGUGUAUAUCUCAUAUCGAGUUGCUAGAUUUGACCCAGAUGUUCGCAUAGUCAUUGCUGUGCUGUACUCUGUGCUCACACCCCUGCUGAACCCCAUCAUUUACAGCUUGAGGAAUAAAGAACUGCAAGAUGCAAUGAAGAGAGCGUUUUGUAGAUGCACUGUUACUUUUAAAACCUCCAGGAAAACAGUUCCUUCUGUUGCUUAGAAUCUGCAUAAAUCUGUUCAUUGUGAAAACAAUUAAAUUUCAUCCAUUAAAAAGUAUGAAUAUGUGUGGAACAAACAAGACUGAAGCAAAUUGGAUUUAUAAUUACAGUUACAGAAAUCUGAAAAUUUCUUUCACUCCAUUGUAUUUUCAGUAGUGCAAGAAAUCAACAAAUCUACUAUUUGUAAUGACAUUAUAAUUUUGUUUGAUUGCUUGUUUUUCCAUGUAAAAUUCUAUAUUUUUAUCCAUUACUUGAAUCAUAAAAAUUGUCAUAGUGAUUUCAGAUUAUAAUUUCUAAUAUGUUUUAGGAUUGUUAAAACUGUAUGCUUCAUUUGGAAACAACUGUUUUGUAAUGUUCAUAU